AUGGCUGAUUGCAAGGCUCUCAGCACUCCUAUGGAGCAAAAUCUCAAACUUUCAUCUAAUGAUUCCUCUGAUUUGGUUGAUGAAACUUCUUAUAGGAAACUAGUUGGCAGUUUGAUUUAUGCUACAACUACUCGACCUGAUAUUUCUUUUUCUGUUGGAGUUCUAUCACGAUUUAUGCAACAACCUAGAGAAACUCAUUGGUUAGCAGCCAAACGGGUUCUUCAAUAUCUACAGGGCACUCAAAACUAUGGGCUUAAAUACUCCAAGAUAUCAAAAUUUUCUUUGCUUAGUUAUUCAGAUUCAGAUUAUGCCGGUGAUAUGGAUGAUGGAAAAUCUACAUCUGGUUACUUAAUGUCUCUUGGUUCUGCUGUAAUCUCUUGGAAAUCUAAAAAGCAACCAGUCCCAACUCUCUCUUCUGCAGAAGCAGAAUAUAUAGAAGCAUCUGAGGCAACUAGAGAAAUCUUAUGGCUUCGAAGAAUUCUUGCAGAUUUGUAG